AUGGCGACCACACAACCCACCGACGUCUCUCAAACUCAUCCUUACACCUGCAACUCAUGUGCGGUGGCCUUCCGGAACAGCGAUGCUCAGCGCACUCAUAUGAGGAGUGAUUGGCACCGAUACAAUCUGAAGCGACGCAUAGCCGACUUACCUCCCGUCUCUUCAGAAGACUACAAUGAAAAAGUCCUUGCCGCUCAACAGACCAACACUGUUGCUGCUGCCCAAGCCGCUUUUGCAAAGACAUGCUCAAUUUGUCAGAAAACAUACUAUAGCGAGAAUGCGUACCAAAACCACAUCUUGAGCAAAGCACAUAAAACCCGGGAACUGGGAGGUGUACGGAGCGCGCGCGGUGACAACAACUCGGUCGUUGGCUCCACUGCCGACUCAGAACCUCGAGAUCCUGAGGCGGAAGCAGAGUUCGAGAAGGUGGUGGCGGGUAUGAAAGGCACAUCCAUCGAAGAAGUCCCUGCAAUCACACGAAGACCAUCUGCACCACCUCCAGAUACUGACCCUCGAGCGGACCAUCCAAUGUCACCCGAGAAGCAGGAAGUGCCCGCUGUUCCCCUCUCUAGAUGUCUGUUCUGCAACUACGACUCGCCAAACACCAAGCUAAGUGUUGCACACAUGACUAAAAUUCAUGGUCUGUUCGUACCGGAACAGACUUACCUCGUCGACCCUGAAGGUCUGUUACGUUAUAUGCAAGCCAAGGUGCGACAAAACUUUGAGUGUCUGUGGUGCCACAAGUUGAGGAACAAUGCCGAAGCAGUCCAAACUCACAUGAGAGAUAAGGGGCACUGCAAGAUCGCUUUUGAGUCGGAAGAGGAGAUGGUCGAGGUCGGGCAAUUCUACGACUUCUCGAGCACUUAUUCUGAUGUCGAUGACGACUCGGUCAUGGAUGAAGACGAACCAAAAGCCAGACAAAAUGGAGGCGUCAAAUUGGCAGGUGAAAAGGAAGAUGAGGGCUGGGAGACGGAUUCCUCCUUCUCGUCACUUGACACCAAUGAUCUGGCAUCAGUCCCCAACGACGAUCGGACAUCUUCCUAUCAACGACUUCCUCUACACCGACAUCAUUCCAACGCAGAUCCACGACCUCACAAGUCAGCUGAUGGAUUCCAUUCUCAUGCUCACAACCACAACAACGCCGUAUUUUACGACGAACAUGAAAUGCAUUUGCCUAGUGGUCGUAUUGCUGGCCACCGAAGUCUACGAAAGUAUUUCCGUCAGAACCUUCACUCUUACCCAACUGCAGCGGAGCGUAUGGAUCGUGCACAAAGAUUGAUCGAAGAGGGAAGUUCCGAUGCCGAUAUGGAAGAUGCCGAUCUACCACCGGCGACUCCUCCACGAAAUAGUCUUAUGAGACGUAGUGAGGCGGGUAUGCUCGGCGUUACUGCUCAACAACGUAAAGAUGUUCGUUCCCAGGAGAUCAGAGGCCGGCAAAGAGAACAACGGACACAAAAUCGAUACCAAGCCAAGCUGGAGAAGCAGAACAACAGCCAGAAACACUUCAGAGAUCCAUUGCUACAGUGA